UCGCGGCGCACGAGACUCAGCAAGGCGGCCCCAUUUUCCCUAGUGCUCCUCGCCCCUUCAUGCCUUAUUUCCGCCAUUUUCCGCGUCCAUCCGCACCUUAGCGCCUUGGCUCGGUGUGCGGCGCCUCGAGGACCACGGGAAGGGCGAUGGCGUCGUCGUCCAUAGAGGUGAUGGGUGUCGGGGGCGGCGAGGUCAAGGUGAUGCUGAUGGAUGACUCGGUGGGUGAAGACGGGGAGGUGGAUGAGGAGCUUCAGACCAUCAUCACAGCCUCCGCGGACGAUAACGGGCAGAUGGUGACGUCGGUAGAGGGGCAACAGCCAGCGAACCAUGGUGACGAUGGGUUCGGUCUCGAGGAGGGCGAGUUCACCACCCUGGAGGGCAUGGAGUCUCCCCCAGGGACCAUCAUCUUCUCGCCCCAAGACCUCCUGCGGCCCUCCAAGCCCUCGCAGCGGGGGCGUGGUCGGGGCUUCCUACGUCCGGGGCUCACCAACAUCAAGCAGGAACCACACGCCCCACCCAUGUACGGGAGCUCCGGGGACAUGGAGGUGCCCGUGUCGUGUGAGGUGUGCGGGAAGGUUAUGAUGACGGGGAAAACGCUAGUGCAGCACAUGGCUAUACAUUCGGACAUGAAGCCGUUUCAGUGCCCGCAUUGCCCCAAGUCGUUCGCCCGGAAGGUGCAUCUACAGGGCCAUCUGGUGGUGCAUGGGAUCGAGAAGCAGUUUGAGUGUCCCGUGUGUCACCAGCGUUUCAGUCGGCAGGAUUGCGUCAAGGUACAUAUGCGGCUUCACGACAAGAGUAAGUGUGUGUACUGCGAUGUGUGCCACAAAGCCUUCCUGACGGUGGGUGCGCUCAACAUCCACCUCCGCAUCCACCGUGGGGAGAAGCCAUUCAAGUGUCACCUGUGUUCGAAGUGCUUCACGCAGAAGAAUCAUCUCAUCACCCACAUUAAGCGCCAUACCAAGGUGACGGAUGAUCAUUUUACUAAGAAGCUGGGGCCGCGCAUGUUCAAGUGUGAGCACUGCCCGCGGUCGUUCAUCCGCCUCAGCGACUACGAGCGUCACGUGCAGUGGAACCAUGGGGCGGUGGCGGAGGGAAGCAUCGUGGACAAGCUGCCCACGGUUGGCUCCAUCCUGGACGGGGAGCUGAAGCAGACCGGCCUGGCCCCGCAGAUCUUCAAGGCCCCCAAGGACGCGCUCAACAGCCGGCCUCGCACGCGGCGGCCCAAGAAGGUGAUGUGCACCACCUCCACGCAGACAGACGAGGACGGCGGCCGCAUCAUCGUGCCCCGCCAGUACCAGGUGUCUGCCGCCACGCAGGUGUCCGCCCCGCCCACGCCCCGCCGCGAGGACGACAUGUACGAGAACGACAUCUUCGACGAGGGCAUGGACCGCAACUACAGCUCCGACGAGGACGAGGAGGAGGGCGGCGGCGGCGGCGGCCUGGAGCGUGAGGACCCCCUGGAGCAGAAGGUGUUUUCGCUGCCAGCCACGGCGGAGAUGGCCUCCGACCCCAUCCAGGAUGCAGCCUUUGAUGCCAUCGUGCACGGCCGGGAGGCGCCCCGGGCACCGGUGGGCCAGGGUGGGGCGGCGGCGGGGCAGGCGCAGGCCGGGGCCACCGCAGAGCAGGACAAGCACUCGGAGUUCCUGGCGGAGGUGGUCAACUCCAUCACGCGGCAGGCUAUGGUGCCCCACCCCAGUGAGGACCCUGGGGCGGGGCAGCCGGAUGGGGCCAGGGAGCACAGCAGCUUUGGGGACCUGCCAGAGGUGCGGACGGUGCCGGGCAUCGGCCAGCCGGUGAACACAUCCGGGGGGGUGGGGCUGGACCCACUGGACCCAGGUACGGUAGCCACCCCAGCCAAGGAGGGGGUGGUGAGGAUCAAGAAGGAGCCGGUGGGGGUGCUGCCCAUCCGCCUGCUCAACCCCCCCAAGCGUGGGCGGGGCCGGGGCCGGGGGCGGGGCAGGAAGUGGAGCCCCUACGGCCUGACAGGGGCGGCGGAGCUCAGGGCGAUACGCAUGAACAUGAUGAAGAACCUGCUGGUGGCAGAGGAGGGCAAGCAGGCGGAGGAGGAGGCGGAGGUGGAAGGCGGGGAGCGGGUGGUGGUGCUAGACGAGGAGUUUGGGGCGGGGGCCGGGGCGGGGAGUGGCCUGGUGGAGGAGGUGGAGACGGAGGGCCGUGGCAAGCGCCUGGCCAAGAACAAACAGCACGGGAAGGACUUUGUGUGCAACAUGAAGAGCUGCGAGACCUGCUGCCCCCCCCAGGCCAGGCCCCCCCGCCCCGCCGCCCCCCAGGCCGCACCCGUCCCCAAGGUGAAGGUGGGGGUGAGGCAGGAGUCCCCCAGGAAGGUGCUGCUCAGCAACACCCGGCCCGGCAGCAUCAUCAGCGCCUCGGCCAGCCAGGUGGACAGCGUGCACGGCCUGCUGAGCCUGUCCCAGGGCCACCUGCUGAAGAGCGUCAAGCAGGAGCAGGUCAGCAGCAGCAGCGGCGGCGUGGCGGCCAGGCAGGCGGAGGACGCCAAGAUGAAAGUGGGCAAUCGUGUUGGUUCAUACCCGGUGGACAUCACGGCCAACCCUCUGGGCGGGGCCAAGCGUGAGGACUACUUCGUGACCUCCAGCAGCGCGGCGGCCGCCGUGGUGUCCCCGCCAGUGGAGCUCAUGUCCUUCUGCAUCCCCACCUACUCCUGCAAGCUGUGCUCCAGGGAGUUCCGCUUUGAAGGCAAACUGCACCGCCACAUUGAGAGUGUGCACCAGAACAAGGCCAUCUUCUCCGCCGACGUCAAGCCUGGCCGCGGCAACGCCCGGCUGCAGCGCCCCCCCGGCAGCUCCUCCACCCACCAGUUCAUCACCGGCAUGCCCGCCGGGGCCUCCAUGCAGCUGGAGCACGAGAACCCGGAGAUCGCGGCGCUACGCUCAGAGUGGGACGACGACGAGGACGACGACCCGGAGCCUGAGAGCAAGGCGCGGAUGGGCGGCGGCGGCGGGGCGGGGGAGGGCCUGGAGGCCACCAUGGGCCACGCGCCCAUGACCAUCGUGACGCGGGACAUCGCGCCCAUCACCACCACCAUCACUGACGCCUACAGCGGCGGCGUCAAGGUCAACAUGAACAAGCUGGCUGGGCUGCUGCCCCAGGCCGGCAAGGCCAUCCACCUGGCCCACGGUAACUAUGAGGACGGCCACGCCAGACAAGAUGGGCGGGCGGGCCAGGGCGGCGCCAGCACCAUCCCCUCGGCCUCGCCGCGGGAGCCGGAGACCAUCAUGGCGGACACGCUGGACAUGAAGUGCCGGCGGCUGCUGGAGAAGCUGUUUGACCAGGACCUGCUGCUGCAGUGCGGCCUGCUGGAGGAGCACGUGUCGGUGGUGCUGGGCAAGGUGCUGCAGCACUACGGCGUCAAGAUGAUCGAGGACUACGGGCAGGGCCAGUACGAGGUGCUCAAGUACAACUUGUGGCGCCUCAUUGAGUGGAAGGUGACCAUGGAGCAGAUGGAGGAGUUCUACACGGAGGGCAAGAGUGUGGAGGAGAUGAUGGACGACAUCAUGCACGAGCGCGUCCCCGUCGUGUCCCACCACUUUGUGCCGCGCGACCAGGCGGCCAACGGCACCGGCAGCGCGGUGGGUGGCGGGGAGGCCACGGCCAGCAGCCAGGGCCAGCCCCAGGCCACCACGCACCACCUGGAGACGGUGGACAUGUCUGACGGGCAGGUGGUGCUCCAGCACGUGGCGGGGGUGCUGGGCGGCCAGAUCAGCCUGCCGGAGGGCGUCACGCAGGUGGUGCUGUCGCAGGACAUGUCGCCGGACCUGCUGCAGGGCGCGCACAUCGUCACCAUUGACCCGGCCACCGGGCAGGUCAUCUCCCAGGUCACUGCCGACCAGGUCAUCCUGGCCGACGCCAUCGGCGACGACCUGGAGCAGCAGGUGUCGGCGCUGGACGGCCAGGUGGUGGUGAGCCAGGGCCAGCUGGGCACCAUGUCCCAGGGGACCAUCGUGGCCACGCACCCCUCGGGCAUGCCGCUGCAGGCCGGCCAGGUGCUGGUGCAAGAGGCCGGCGGCACACACCAGGUGGUCAAGAUGGAGGCCGUCACCACCACCGCCGCGCACCACCACCACCAUCACCACCACUGACUCACCACCAGCCCCGCCACCACCAUCAUCCCCAUCACCACCGCCACCGCCACCCCAACAAACCCUGUACAAAACCACCUCGGAAAAGACUUCUCGUACUUUUAAGUCUUCUAUACAUAAUAUAAAUACUAUACAUAUAUGCAUAUAUGAAUAUAUCGCUCCAUACAUGACCUGACCUGACCUGACCCUGUCCUUGGUUUGGCACCCCACACCACAGCGGGGACGGUGAAACUGUCUGCCGCUGUGAGGGGAAGCGAGUGUGAGUGAAUGAGAGUGUGAGUGAGUGUGAGUGUGUUAUCAUUUCCUCAGGUUUGCUGUACAUAAAUAACACUGUUGGCAUUACUAAGUCUUGUAGUGAGUGCCUUUCUGUACUUGUGUGAGCCUGUCUAUUGUUUACCACGGCGGACGGGCGGAGCGACGGAAGGAAGGAGCGCAGGACAUAACCAUUCACCCACCACACACGCCUGCUCUUCCGCCCCUCGCUCCACCGUUCCGCCGCAGCCAUCACCAGUCAUUCCUCCUCCAUUUCGUUCCGUCUUGUCGUCAGUGAUUACGUCGUUUGAGUUUCUGUAUAGCGAAUUACGCCGAGAAAUGUCUGUGAGUCUUGUCUCCGUGUACAAUUACGAUUACCGACGUCAGUGGCUAUAAGAUAAUUUUUCUACGGCCCCCCAAGGCAUGUACCUCCACGCCCCGCCCUACCCUUACCCUCCCCCCCCCAUUCAGGAGUCGUGUACGUGUGUGUGUGCGUGUGUGUGUCGAGAAGGUGACACGCUUACACGAUUAUUUAUAUUCGGAAUAAAAAUGAAUUCUGUA